AAUCCAACUGGCUUUGCAGUCGUGUUGACUCUGGAAAACUAUCAACCUGUUGCAGCCUAGGAAACCCUUUUAGCACUAGGACCAUGUACGAUCAGUCUGGGAAAGAAAAACUUUGAAGCUUCGCUCUUUUUUUUUCUUUGGCAGCCUUUUGUCGGAGAGGCAAAUAGGAGUCAGCAGUGCAGUAAGCAGAGACUCCUACUCAGAGGUCUGAGAGAAAUGCUUUCACUGCACAGGCACCAUCAAGGCAGCCAGGAACACCGGAAAUUUUUGCGCUGCUUCACCGCCAACAGCCUGCGACCUCCCCUCCUAAAAGCCCCACUCUAUAGGGGCAUGCCUGAAGGGGUGGCGGGCACAAGGAUGGGACAGAGCCCAUACUGCCUCCAGGUGUAGGACGACAAAUGGGCAGAACCAGCGGGCAUCACCUCUCUUCUGUCUCCCACUUGCGCAAGGCGACCAGCACUCAGCAAGCAUGAUAAGUCCGUUUUGAUGUUUCACACUCACUGACUUCUCGACAAGAUCUGUGGCUAUUUAUAUUUGUCAACAGUUUGGUCUUCUCCGGUUGGGUUCCUGUCCGGCCAUGUGGCCCGUUACCGGGAUAUGGUCCGUGGCGUUGUUGCUGGCAGCGAGCUGCGUGCCGGCCUUGGCUCAGGCCCAAGAUGCUGGUACCCCAUGGAGACAGAUGAUCCAGUGGGAGAACAACGGUCAGGUGUUCAGCCUGCUGAACAGUGGCGGGGAGUACAUGGCUGCAGGCCGCCAGGAUGACCAGAGGCACCGGGUACUGCUAGCCAACGCAUCCCCCCGCAGAUCACAAGGCGGCUACGUGCGUAGGCAGGCCCCCCCUAGGGGCAGCAUGGAAACAGUGCGGGGCCAAGCAAGGCACCCUUUUGGCUUUGGGCAGGUGCCUGAGAAUUGGCGCCAGGGGGCGCUAGGCACGGGUGAGCCCAACAGCCGCUUCCAAUCCUCCUCCAGCGUUCGAUUCAGACCCUCCGGGGGCUCUUCCUCCUCAUCGUCCUCAUCAUCCUUCUCGCGGUCGUCCUUUACUUAUCCAUCCUACCCACAGUACCCUUUUCCUCAGCAGCCAUCCUAUCCCGUGCCAUACGACCCAAGUGCAGCGGAGGCACCUGGCCGGGGAUAUGAUGUACCCUUCCAGAGGGGUACCAGCUACUCUGAUGGCUCUCGUGGGGGGGUUGUUGGUGGGGGAUACACUUCCUCUGGCUUUAAUAUGGGCAGAUAUGAUGCCGGCGGACUUGUGCCGGUGGGUCCUCGUUCUCCUCCGGAGUACAGCGAGGAUAGCUACCGCUUCUACCAGUCCUACGGCUCAUCCUAUCUGCCCAACUCAGCAGCUCCAGCCCAGCCAUCAUACUCUGAUGGUCUGGACCGUCGCUAUACUCAUAGUCUAUACAACGAGGAGCCCACUGGCGCCAGACCGGACACUAAUGUAGCGCCUGCCGCUAACCCUGUCCCUAAUGCUGCUCCAGCCAACCCACCUGUGGACAGAACACCUCUGCGCAGCCCACAGUACGAGCAGUUCCCCCCAUUUGGGAGAAGACCCCCCCAGCCUCCUGUUAUCCAGCCCUUACCAGCUGGUAGGAACCCCCAGUCACCCAACAUGGCACUAGAAAACCCAAGCAUCAACGUUGGGAGUGUUUACCGACCAGAGCAAAGAGGUUUGCCAGAUCUGGUUCCAGAUCCCAACUAUGUGCAGGCCUCUACGUAUGUCCAGCGUGCUCACCUGUACUCGCUGCGUUGUGCUGCAGAGGAGAAGUGUCUGGCAAGCUCUGCCUAUGGUUCUGAAACAACAGACUACGACAUGAGAGUUCUCCUGCGCUUCCCUCAGAGGGUUAAAAACCAGGGGUCGGCUGACUUUCUGCCCAACCGUCCUCGGCACACGUGGGAGUGGCACAGCUGUCACCAGCAUUACCACAGCAUGGAUGAGUUCAGCCAUUAUGACUUGCUGGAAGUCAACAGUGGGCGGAAAGUGGCUGAAGGCCACAAGGCCAGUUUUUGCUUGGAGGACACUACCUGUGACUUUGGGCACCUGAAACGAUAUGCCUGCACAUCCCACACUCAGGGUCUGAGCCCAGGAUGCUAUGACACCUACAAUGCCGACAUCGACUGCCAGUGGAUCGAUAUUACUGAUGUCAAACCAGGAAACUACAUAUUGAAGCUCCAGGUGAAUCCCAAGUACCUGGUGCUAGAAGCAGACUUCACCAACAAUGUGAUCAGGUGUAACAUUUACUACUCUGGACAAUUUGUUACCACCACAAACUGCAAGAUCACACAGUCCUGACCUCCUGUUCUCCUAAAGUAGACCACCCAUCACCCCAGGAGAGCGGAGCAUAUGUGUUGGGGCGGCAGUUCUACUGUGAAAGGGACUCCCUUUGAUUUUUGUUCCGAUGAGCCCAUGGCAAAUUGAGGGUGAUGCGGUGAUGAUUAGAUAAGCUGACACCAUGAAGACAGAGUAAAGCAAACACUUUUUCGGGAUCCAGCAAAUGCUCUGUUCUUUAUUCCUCGUUGUAUGUCAUGACCUAAGAGCAUCUUGAAAACGCGACAACAUGGCGCAAUCCUGGUAAGAUAUUCAUCAAAUAAAGUGUAAGAAAAGCUGGAUUGGAAUUAGUGGUCACGCCUAUAUCAGAGUUACAUCCGCAUCCAACUAAAUGGCUCUUCUGACCCUUGCAUCUGUUUCAGGGGAAAUGAGAUAUCAGUGUCCAAUGACUGAAAGGGACUGUUGCUCUUGUUUUAAUGUUUUUCUUCUCUAUGUAACAUUUAAUAAAAUAAUGAAACUCAGAGCACAUCUGGGAACUUGUGGUGAGAUGUUCUGUGUGAAGCAGUCAGCACUUGUACGCUCCAGUUACUACAUUCCUACACAUGGCCAAGCAUAAAUAUGGUGUUGCCCUUUUACAGGGAAAUCGUAAGUCAUUGUCUCUCUUUCAAUGCUUUGAGCAACACUAAAGAAAACCAAGUGGUCAAGCUGUUUUUACAAAUAUCCAUGAUUUGGACUGCUAGAUUUUAACUCUUUGAUCAGUUACAGUACUCUUCAAGGGGGACUUAACCCAAUAAACAUUCGUCAGAUGUGGAACAGUUUAUCUUAAGUAAGAACGAGUAUCACAAUUUACCCACUGUUGCAUGAGAUUGUAGAGAACUCUUUUGGUUUUCUUGAUUGUAUUUGCUUCAUGUUUUUUUAAUUGAAAACUGUUCUUCUGUACUGUGUCUGAUUUGUUGCUGUAUUUUUAAACAUCCUAGAAUUUAUGCUUAAUAUUUCAUAUCCAAUCAAUGUUUUUGGUAAUGCCAAAUAGGCUACACUAGGGGGGAGGGGGAGUUAAUGGAAAACUACUGGUAUAUCACAUUUAUAGAAGUAUCAGUUGCUAGGCUUGGUGUUACAUAGAGCUAUUACACUGUAUGUACCUACCUCUGAAGAAAUGAGCUAAUGUUUUCUGCAAAAUGCAUGGUUUAUACUGAGAAAUCCGUGAACAAGUACCUCAGAAAAAUACACAUGCUCUGGAAAUGAGGGAAAUGACAUACAAAGAACACAGAUUCAGAACUUUAGCUAUUAUAAUUCUAUAGCAUAAAUACUUUGUGCACUUUCUCUUCAACCAUGGACUAAGUUUGUUGUCAACUUUUGAGAUUCGCAUAUUUGCAAGUUCAUUAUUGGAGCAGUAAUGAGGUGUGUAGCUCUGCAUCAUUAGCUCAAACUACUACAACCGCUGUGAUCUGCUGUUGGGGUGAUUUGCUUGAAAUCUGUACGGUUUUCCCUACCUAAAAUGAUAUUCUCCAUUUAGAAUAAAGAAAUGUACUACAAGAAA